CCUGAUAAACAUAAAAGACGCUACUCAAUAGGUAUCCUCAUUUCAAUAUCACUUUCUUAAUCAGAUUUUUCUCUCUUUAAUUUCUAUAAGCCUUUCCUGAAAAUGGCGAUUCCAGUGACAUCUAUUGCCUUCUCUGUUGCUUUUGCUGCCCUUUUAGCAUGUCUAUGGAUGUUGUUGGACUGGGUUUGGUUGAAGCCAAAGAAGCUAGAGAAAUUUCUUAGGCAACAAGGUUUCUCCGGCAACCCGUACAAACUUCUUCAUGGAGACACAACAGAGAUGCUCAUGAUGAGGAAACAAGCAAAAACACGACCCAUCAGCCCCUUCUCACAUGAUAUUGCAUCGCGAGUCAUUCCAUUCCACCAUCAUAUCUGCAGGAACUACGGAAAGAAUUCAUUCAUAUGGUUGGGUCCAAUACCAGAUAUAAACAUUACAGACCCCAAAUUGAUAAGGGAAAUUAUGUUAAGGCAUGAAAUAUUUCAAAAACCGAAGCUGAACUCACUUGGCAGGUCGGUAUUUAGUGGGAUGGGGAUCUAUGAGGGUGAACAAUGGUUCAAAGUCAGAAAGAUAGCCAAUCCAGCUUUCCAUCUCGAUAAGUUGAAGGGUAUGGUAGCUAAGAUGUAUCUAAGUUGCAACGACAUGAUAAGAAAAUGGAAGAUUUCAAUCUCAAACGAAGGGUCGUGUGAGUUAGAUGUUUGGCCUGACAUUAAGGCUUUAACAUCAGAUGUGAUUUCUCGGACAACAUUUGAUAGUAGUUAUGAAGAUGGAAGAAAAAUUUUUGAACUUAUAAGCCAACAAAUCAAUCUUUUGAAUCAAGUUUUCUACACCUUCCACAUCCCAGGAUGGAGUUUUGUGCCCACUCAAGCAAAUAGAGAAUUGAAAAGCAAUGACAAAGAAAUUCGAGAAAUGAUAAAAGGCAUCAUAAAAAAAAGAGAGGGGGUCCUGAAAGUUGGAGAAGCAAGAAACGAUGAUUUACUGGGUUUAUUAGUGGAAUCAAAUCGCAAAGAAAUCCAAGAGCAUGGGAACAAAGAAAGUGGAAUGAAUAUGGAAGAGGUGAUUGAUGAAUGCAAACUUUUUUAUCUUGCUGGACAGGAGACUACCGCAACUUUGAUUGUAUGGACAAUGAUUUUGUUAUGUAUGCAUCCAAAGUGGCAAGAACGUGCAAGAGAAGAGGUUUUCCAAGUUUUCGGGAGCAAAGAACCGCAAUUUGAUGAGUUAAACCGCUUGAAAGAAGUGAACAAAAUUCUUCAUGAGGUACUAAGAUUAUAUCCACCACCUUUGUUACUCAGACAAACAAUUAAGGAGGCCAAACUGGGGGAAAUUACUAUACCGCCUGGAGCUUUCAUUUCAUUACCAAUACUUCUAGUUCAUCAUGAUGAAGAAUAUUGGGGAGCCGACGCAAAGGAGUUCAAUCCAGAUAGAUUUGCCCAAGGAGUUUCAAAGGCAUCAAAGAACGAUCAAGUUUCAUUUUUCCCAUUCAGUUGGGGUCCCAGAACAUGCAUCGGACAAAACUUUGCAUUGAUGGAAAUGAAACUAGCCGUAGCAAUGAUUUUGCAAAAUUUCUCUUUUCAGCUCUCUCCAACUUACGUUCAUACCCCGGUUCUUGGUAUAACUAUACAACCACAGUACGGUGCUCACAUGAUUUUACAAAAGAUUUAGUGUUAUAAAGAAUAAAUAGUUUUGAUGUCCAUGUAUAUCGCCUUUUGGAGUUGCUAAGACAGUAAAGUUACGACAUUUUGAGUAAUGGUUGGAUUACUUGUUGAUGUGCUUGUAUUGGUA